AUGCUUAUAUCACGACGAAUAUUGCUCAGCCUAGCCAUUUGUAGUUGUUUGGCUGAUGCCGGGAGAGUGGACGAGUGUUGUAGGUCACAUAACAUACCCGACAACUGUGUCAAGACGUUGUGUUACCCACUCAAUCCUCCAGGUGACUUUGCGAUUUACGAUAUCUUCCAAAAGAAGAAUAACUGUUCUAAACACUUGCCCAUGAUAGCCGAGUGUUUAUCAGAUGGCCGAAAUCACUCUCAUUGUUGUCAAUCAGAGGCCAAAGAUAUGGACGAGACGGCCUGUUUCGGCCUCUGCGAAGGCUCAGGGUUCACAACAAAGAACUUGAAGAACUACCAGACAUGCCUAGCUAUCAACUUGGCUAGCAUGUUCAGCUGCUUUCAACGAGGCUACGAAAACAGUCCCAGUCCACCAACCAGUGUCAGGAUGGAGAAUGUUGGUACUACAAGUCUGACUAUAGCAUGGGAUCAACCAGAGCACAAUCCCGGAGCCGUGUCUAAUUACGUGCUUUUCGUGCAAGAGAAGAUACUCGACGCCCCAGAUAACGCGACUUUCGUAAAAGGCCUUGAGCCUAAAGAAAUCAAAUUGGAAGUAGAUGGAACAGAGGUUACGGUAACCGACUUGGAGCCCGGAACGAGUUACAAUGUUCACGUGACAUCAGUUGGAAGUAAAUCGGAAGAACGGUCAUUGUCAACUGAUGUUUUGGCCAUUCAGACGACUGGUGUAGCUCCCAAGAUUCACGGCUACAACGAUGUGGUACACUCGCCUGAAACAGCAACUAGUGUUGUGUUAGCUUGUAGUAUUCACAUGAGCAGCAUCUCCAAAGACUCUACCAAGUUCCAGUGGCACCACAAGACGCCUGGGGGAGCACUAAAGUUGUUGAACGACGAGUCCAAGUAUAACAUCUCGUACUAUGUAUUUUCGUAUGAACGUCCUCGUGAGUACGUCACAACUCUUGAGAUCAAGAAUGUGAAAGACGCUGACUUUGGACUUUAUCAGUGCUCAGUGUCUGAUAAGUACGGAAAUGCAGAAGCCGAAGUCCAACUUGCUCUGUCAUCUGAUCCUACCGCUCCUGCACAAAUGCCACCUCAAACUCCACUAGAAUGUUGUAAGAACCGUGGUAUUGAGAACCGGUGUCUUCCUAUGUGUGGUGCUGGGCAUGACUCUACUGAUACCAAACGGUACGUUCCUCGACCGUUCAUGCCUUCAAACUGUGGUAGCGUUAUCGGCAAGGUGCUGUCAUGUGCAAUGCCAGGAGUCAACGAUGGAGGAUGCUGUCUUCGAGAGCACGUUCCUCGAGCGUGUAUGUACUUGUGCGAUUCGAGUAUCACUCCCACCAAUCAGAUGGACCCCAUGUGCAUAGCACACAUGAGUUCAGUCGAAAAGUGCCGUGUAUUUGGUGUGCGACAACGGCCUAGUAUACCGAAAGCCAAAAUAGAGCAAGCCGGACCAGAUGCAAUAAGCCUAAAAUGGGAUGCGGUACCAAACGCAUUAGCCUACCACGUUUACUGGAAGGUUGGAAGCGAGUGGCGCAAAAAGAGUACCAAAACGACGUCGGAGAAGAUCGUGACCACCGAAGACCUUGUCCUAGUCGCCGCCAACACGUUCGGUCUCUCUCAGGCCGUCCGCUUCUCUCAACAGAAUGGCAAAUGGACAUGGUCCGGAUAA